AUGUGGGCUUUGGCGUUAUUUUUGGUGGGUUGUGGAGUUUUAAAAAGUGAAAGCUUUUCAAUUGAGGCCUUACAUCAUGAAAUGACUGACAAUGAGUUGGCUUAUUAUUUCCAAACUGUUGAUAAAAAUUUGGUGCCUGAGUACGAAGUCGUUUAUUUACCAGAAAUGGCACCAUUUGAGAGCGAUUCAUUCAGCUAUACUUUUGAUGCUUUCCAACGACCAAUCAGUUUACAACUUAAGAAAAAUGAACACAUUGUUUCUCCGAAUUUCACAACUUAUUUAACUGAAGACGACUUUCAAACGAUUUUGCCUAAAACACCAAACAAUUGUCACUUUAUUCACCGAGAUGAUUCAACUGUAGCUGCUAUAAGUUCGUGUGAGCCACGUUCGAUGCAAGGACUCAUACUUCUCGAGGAUUCAACUUUAGAAAUUCACCCUUUAACUGAGCGUCUUCAAGCUUUGGUAAAAGAACCUUUACUAGAAGAUCUACCAGCAGCUGAUAACACCACCCCACAUAUCAUAAAACGAGCCACUUUUGUUUCACACGAUGACGAUGCUUUUCCAAUCUCAAAUCACAUUAUGGCAGGCGUUCGAGAAGCUGCAAGCCAUAGGCCUGCUGGUGCUUUAACUGUGGAAGUCGCAAUGUUUUUCGACGAAGCUGCAUUUAAAAUUUUUGCCCCGUUUCUGGGUAACAACAAUCAGAAAUUGCAAGAUAUGCUGUUGGCAUACAUGAAUGGAGUUCAAGCACUGUAUCAUCAUCCUAGUCUCGGUACUUCUAUUGAACUCGUCUUGGUACGCCUCGACAUCAUGAAAAAACAGGCAUCGGCUAUGCCCCACUACAACGGUGAGCGGUCCAAGCUCCUAGACUCUUUCUGUGCGUACCAAAGUAGUCUCAAUACCAAAAGUGACGAAGAUCCGAAUCACUGGGACAUGGCAGUGUAUAUUUCUGGCUUAGAUUUUUACGCCUACGAAAACGGGAGAAAAAGUGGCGUCACAAUGGGCCUUGCAACAGUAGGCGGUGUGUGUUUAGAUAAAUAUAAUUGUUUAAUAGCCGAACUGGGCACUACUAAUGUAUUUGGAAAACCUUACCCUAGCGCUGGUUUUACCAGUGUCUAUAUUUUGGCUCAUGAAAUUGGCCACAACCUAGGAAUGCAUCACGACAGCGUGGGCAAUACUUGCCCCAAAGAAGGCUACGUCAUGUCUCCUUCUAGAGGCACAAACGGCGAAACUCAGUGGUCACAAUGCAGUGCCGAAGUUGUUUCAAAACUUAGUUGGGCUAAAUGUUUGCAUGAUUCAUCCAGACCCCCCACACACCUGGAUCAUUCGCGGUUUCUGGAUAGCCCAGGCCAGGUCUACACUGCUAAAAAACAGUGCGAAAUCUUACUGAGAGAUAAAGAUGCAGUGGUAGCACCUAAUCAAGACUUGUCAACGAUCUGUUAUAGUUUGAAGUGUAAAACACCGCAUCGCAGUGGGUAUUAUUUUGCAGGGCCGGCUCUUGAUGGUACUGAAUGUGGAAAAAAGAAGUAUUGUUAUGGUGGAGAGUGUGUGAAAAAAACACCACCUAAACCAAUGAAAGUUGUGCCCGGUGGGUGGGGACCGUGGAAAGAGUCUCCUUGUACCUCCGGUUGUAUCGAAAAAUCGCGUGGGUUUCAACUGCAAACCAGACAGUGCGACAGUCCAGCCCCAGUUAACACGGAUCAAGGAUGUCAAGGGUCGAGUGUCCAGUUUGGAGUUUGUCGAGAUGAUAAGAUUUGUAAAAGUAAAAGAGUGAGCGUAAUCGAUUAUGCUUCCCAAAAAUGCCAAGAAUUUUCAAAUUUGUUGCCGGAACUUGAUCCCAAAGGUGGAGGACUUCAAGCCCCUCACGAGGAGGCUCGUGUUUGGAUGGGAUGCGCUAUUUUCUGCAGACGAGCCGACUCUGGUGGAUUCUAUACCCCCAGAUUGGAAUUGAACGAUUUGGGAGUAUCCCCGUAUUUUCCGGACGGCACUUGGUGCCACCGCGAAAAAAAUUUGAAUUAUUAUUGCUUACACCACCACUGUUUGCCCGAGAAUUUCCGUUUUACGAAAAUUGACCCAUUGGACACAAUCGGUGAUGACAUUUCUUUCUCGCAAAAUGCUGGCCCAGAAUCUGUAAUUCCCCCCGAAAUCAAGCCUUAUUUUUCUUUAAGUCCCGAGGGUAAACCCCUGAAGACAGUCCUCAAACCGCACGAAACUAACAACCCCAAAGAAGAAGACUGGGAGAUAGAUGACUACAUUGUGAUCCCCGGUUUAAAAGAACGCUAUGAUUAACUGAUUUGAUUUAUAAUUGAGUAUUUAAUUUAAUUUAAAAAUAAAUAUUUUUUAAGCAUCA